AUGAGCUCUGAUAAAAAUAAGGUUAAUCCCAGAGAGGAAAUACAACUACAAAUAGGUAUAAUCGGAGAUGCACAAGUAGGUAAAACUUCAUUAAUGGUUAAGUAUGUGCAGGACAUAUACAACAAAGAAUACACACAAACGUUAGGGGUCAAUUUUUUAAAGAAAAGAAUACGACUUAGAUCAACAGAUAUAACAUUAUCUUUAAUGGAUUUAGGUGGACAACGUGAAUUUAUUAAUAUGCUCCCUUUAGCCACAAUGGAUUCAUAUUGUAUUCUUUUAUUGUUUGAUUUAACAAGACCAGAGACACUGAAAUCGGUUCGAGAAUGGUAUAGACAAGCAUUUGGUUUAAAUAAAAAUGCUAUCCCAAUUCUUGUCGGCACCAAAUAUGAUUUGUUUAUUGAGCUGGAUCAAGAUUAUCAAGAAGAAAUCUCACGGACUUGUCUCAAAUACGCACAAAUAAUGGAUUCUCCUGUUAUAUUUUCCUCCUCUGCAUAUUCAAUUAACAUACAAAUAUUAUUCAAAAUCAUAAUAGCCAAAAUAUUUAAUCUAAGAUUGACGAUUUCUGAAAUUAGUGAUAUUGGAGAUCCUUUAUUGAUAUAUAAAGAAUUUGGUAAUACGCAUUUAAAUGGGUCAUAA